AUGGGACAGCAUGCUAAUGAAUCGGUUGCAACCAGUGUCGCCAUGUGUCAAUUGGCAGUCGAUCAAACGUCGGAUUGGUUGAUGGUGGAUACCUGGGAGCCGGUCCAGAAGGAGUAUCAGCCGACCGCACUGGUGCUGGAUCAUUUUGAUUACGAGAUCAACACCGUCCGCGGAGGCGUGGAAGCCGGCGAUGGAACCCGCAAGCCCGUGCGGAUUGCCCUGCUCGCCGGCGCGGAUCUGAUCCACACCAUGUCCACCCCGGGCGUCUGGAGUCAGAAGGAUCUCGACCACAUUCUGGGCAAAUAUGGCUCUUUCAUCGUGGAACGCAGCGGAACCGACAUCGAUGAGGCUUUGGCGAGCCUGCAGCCUUGGAAGGACAACAUUCAUGUUAUCCAGCAGCUCAUCCAAAACGAUGUUAGUAGCACCAAGAUCCGACUGUUCUUGCGGCGUGAGAUGAGCGUUCGCUACCUUAUUCCCGUGCCUGUCAUCCACUAUAUCGAGCAGCACCAUCUGUACGAGGAUGACGGCACCUCAAAUGAGAAGGGUAAGGAGAGGCAAGAGGGGGGCAAGUCCGGGUGA